UGCGGUGCAAUCUCCAUGGGUCAAGGUCAGGAAGUACCUGCUCGGCGGCUUCUAUCAUUAAGUAUGGUUGAAGGCCGAUGGAUCCUUUUGCAAAAUUGUCAUCUUGGACUCAAUUUUAUGGAUGAAUUGCUCGAUACGCUAUUAUCAACUGAGGGCGUUCAUGACCAGUUCCGUUGCUGGAUCACCACAGAGGCUCAUCCAAAAUUUCCCAUAAAUCUGCUGCAAUCGAGCAUCAAGUUCACCUACGACCCACCACUUGGCAUUCGCGCUGGCCUCAGACGCACUUACGCUUUGCUCACACAGGAUCAGAUGGAGAUUAGCAACCUUCCUCAGUGGAGGCCAUUGCUCUAUGCAGUCGCCUUCUUGCAUACCACUGUCCAGGAGAGACGCAAAUUCGGUCCAAUUGGAUGGAACAUUCCCUACGAGUUCAAUCAGGCAGAUUACACCUCGACAGUUCAAUUCAUUCAGAAUCAUUUAGAUGAUCUUGAUGCCAAGAAGGCAAGUUCGUUUAUUGUGUAA